GGAUAAUGCUGCUGAAACAUGUCUGCAAUAACAGUGACUUGCCCAUGGAGGCCAGAAAUGCUGAUCCAUCCAGCACCUUCCUGUCUAGUGUCCUGAGCGUCCUGGACGCCCUCUCUCCUGUCAAAGACUCACUUAGCCGAGUCCCCUUGGAGGACUUGAAUAAAAUGGAAAACAAGACAUGGAAUUGCAGCAAUCUUUCGACCAUGAUCAAGCUGAUGCAGAACUCCUCUGAGGCAUAUUCAUGCUACAUGCAAGCAGUUGUGGCCCCUCUGUCCUGGGAGACUUUGUACACCCAGAGUGAAAGGCACAUGGACUCGGACGACUAUGACGCACUGCUGUGGGCUGCUAAACCGGUGCUGCAGGAUAUGUCUUCUACAAGAAUGAACCUUCCAAUCAAAGUAGAGGGCCAAAACGUGAAAAAGAUGAUGAUGAUGCUGCAGGAGGUGUAUAAUCCCAUGUCUGAAGCCAAAAUGACACAGGUGAUAAAAUGGGCCAAAGAGCAGAUCACCCAGAACUACUUCAACUGUACGAUGGGGCCAUCAUCUGACUCAACAUCAAUGCUAAUGGAGCGCUGCAAACCUUCGCUGAAAUGGCUGAACACAGAGGCUUUGACCAUGAUGGGACCUUACCUCUCCCAUUUAGCACCGGACGAUGUUGAUUGUUCUCCUAAAGAAAAGCUGUGUACGUUUUUCAGCUCAGCCCAGUUCAAAUCCGCCUUGAGUGUGGCCACCAAGAUGAACCCCAGCCUGGCCAUGAAGUUUCUCCAAAGAUUUCAGGAAUGCUUCAGUGGAAAUAUGGAGUUUGCAGAGCACGUCGACAAGCUUGGCACACUGGCCUGUUAUUAUUACUCUGCUCCAGAUUUGACUGCUAACCUCAGCAUGAUACUCCUCUCUGAGCUCAACAAAUGCGAUGACUACAACCCCAGAAUCAAAAUGCUGAAGAUGCGCCUUGUCAGGUCUGUGACUGCAAAUUUCACUGCUGCACUAAGCGAACUGGGCAGCAGCAUUGUGUUGUUGUCUCUCAAAGAGCUGUCCGCGAUCCCUAGCAAUGAUCUCAAAAAGGUUCUCAAAAAUCUAGGACCCACUGUACCAUGGACACAGUGCCAGCUGCACACCCUUGUCAAGAAAGAGCUGGGCGAUAAGAAAUGUAAAGAGAUGGCGGGUGAAGAGGUGAUGGCCCUUCAGUCAAUUGCAGGAGGUUUGCCAAGAUGUGUGCUCAAGAAUGUCAAAGCCCAGCAGAUCCUGAAUGACACAGAGGCCCUGAAGAACAUCUCCAAGAAGAUGAUGAAGGGACAGUUGAAGGCCAUGCUGCAGGGGCUGCUUAAGGAUGUGGGUCCCUCCGAGCUGGUGCAGAAGUUGCAAGGUGCUUUGCUUUGCAGCAUUUCUCUAAACAACCUGGACAAAGCAAACAUCACCUCUUUAAACCAAGUGGAGAAUAAAACGUGGAGUCUGCCACAGGCCGCGUACUUGGCAAAAAAGAUGUAUGAUCUAAAGCAGCUUCAGUAUAGGAAGCUGCGUUCAGUCCUUCAGGGAAUAACCUGUAAGAUGAUUGACAAAGCAGCAGACACCGAUGUGCAAGACAUGGCUCAAGCCAUGACAGAGUUUCCACAGUGGCUCUCCAAAGUGCAGGCAGGAUGUGCUGCCCAAAAGCUUUUUGCGACUUUGGAGAAAGUGAGAACUGGCUAUUUCAAAACCAUCACUGGAGCGGAGAUGGACAAGAUUGCCACACUCUUGCUUGUUCACCUGCCGCCUUCGUCGGUGAAGGAUUUGCCUGACUCUGCAUGUCCUGUCUUCCUCUACAAGAUGGAAGUGGCCAACCUCAGCUCGUUACCCCUUCUUUCCCCAUCUCUCCCCGCACUAACCCAGAGAGCUCUGCUUUGCCUUGCCAAUGGGACAGGCUUAUCUGGACUGACCACUGAGGAUGUGUCCAGGCUUGGACAGCUCUUGUGUGAGCUUCAGCCUUCCCAACUGCGCCUCAUGGCCCCAGGUGUCCUCAACUUCAGCCUCCGGACCAUGGCUUCCUGCCAGCACAUUCCUCAACGCCACAGGGCGGAUCUAAUUCAGCUGGUCAACCAGACUUUUGGAGAUCCAUCUAAUUGGUCAGCUGAGACUAUGGAAGCACUGGGUCCUCUCCUCCUUUUGGAUCCUGCUGCUACAUCUGCUCUGCCCAAUAAGCCUUGGAUGAAGGAUGUUCUCUAUUUCCUGAGGUCCCGCCUGCCCCAAGCCUCCGAUGCCCUGAAAAGGAAGUUGUUCGAGCUCACCACCACAUCAAAUGCAGCGCGUAAAAAGAGAACAGCCACCAGUCAAGUGAACAAUGCUAAACAACCCAAUGUGGAGUUGAUCGAAGAACUGGGAAUGAACAACGUCUACUGGACACCUGCACAGCUGGAUCAGAUGUCAGCCAAAACCUUCCUUGCCACUGUGGAAAUACUUGGGGCCGUCACUGACUACAACGCUGACCAGCUGGCCAUACUUCAUAAAAAAGCAACUGAGUCCUUGGGCCCAGUAUCACAGAUGACAGAUGACAGCGUGGUGGUGCAGAUGGGAUGUAUAACUCGGGGCUUCUCCAAUGCAGAACUGGAGAAGCUCCCCUUCUCACUGGACACUCUGGAGGCAAUAGCCCACUGUGGCUGGAAUGAGUCACAGAUGGGGUCGGUGUGGAAGGGUGUAGCUAAAUAUAACAACCUGACAGCACAGCAGCUGGGAGCUACAGACAUGGUGGCACUGAACCAGUUCAUCUGUGGCCUAAACGCCAGCGAGAUCAGACAGCUCAACCUGAACGCCUUCAAGGACGCCGUGGGCUCCAUGGAUGGUGUUCAGUGCGCCUUCACGGUUACACAGCAGUUGAAAAGUCUUGCCGUGUCUGCGUUUGGAAAGCCCAGCACCUGGACUGAAGCACAAGUGUCUGACAUGGGCAAUAUCAUUGCGGGGUUGAAUGCAACUGAAUUGGCUUCUUUAGACCCGUCUGUCUUCUCGUUUCUCAGAGCGUCGUGCAUCCCGCUCAUACCCCCAGGCAACCUUGCUGCACUCUCUGUUACUCAGCUGGAGGCUCUUGGACCUGACAACACAGCCAUGGUAACCAACGAACAGCGAGCUGCCCUGAGAGACAAGCAACUGGCCGCUCUCGAAAGGGCCGAGACCGGGUCUCGUGGCCAAACACAAAGCCCAGUCCAGUCAGGAGCUCCAUCCCUGAGUGUCGAGGGGAUCUCAGCCUUCAUGAAACCCCUUCUGUUUCUCCUCAUGGGGUUCCUACUGCUGUGAGAACGGAGAACCACCACAUCCUACUGCAAAACUGCCAGAAGCCUUAGCUAUCCACAUGCACGCAGCCUCAUUUCCUUAGAAGUUAACAUUAUAGUGUACUUGUGACAUGUAUUUCUUAAUGUUAUUAUGUGAUGAAGACAUGUUUCUCAUAGAUUGAUUGUCUGAGAUCACUUGUGUGAGCGUAGGAGUGUGGAAUUGCACAACAUAAUCAAACGACCUGGUAGGAUGUGUAAGCAUUCUUUAUUAGUACUUUUUGUUAAACUCACUUUGUAAUACUCUGUUUAUAAGAAAGUAUAUUUUAAUAGAAUGAAGAGGAAUAUUUAAUUACAUUAUAUUUGUCACUGAUGGCCUCUAGCUAUAUGGAAUGUCUUAAGAGCUCAUUAUUUGGAUGUUUGAUACUGUACUGACAAAAUGGAAAAUAGCAAAAUAGUUAAACUCAAUAAAGAAUAAGAAUAUACUUAGUUACUUUUAAGACCAAAAACAAGUUAAAACAAGACAAUGUGCCAGUUUUUAUUCAUUUUUAAUAAACAUUUGGUUAGA